AUUAUUAUACAGUAGUCCAGCGGGGAGAAAUUAGCAUCAAGUUCUAGUUUCAACACGCACAACAUUGAAUCCAAUGGCCCGAUCUGUCGCGUUAUUGGUCAUGAGUGUUAUCAGCGCCCUGCUGGUGGGCAGCUGCACCGCAGGAGAUCCUUCUCCACCCAAACCGGAUCCUCCCACUCCCAAGCCUCCGCCGGUCAAGCAGGAGAAGUUGCCCGACAAUAUCCGCUUCUUCACCGUCAAAAUUAACGAGCUGUGGGCCGAUCAUGACGAGAGCGGCAACUCGGACGCCGGCUUCUUCCGCGACAUCCUGGACCUGAUCAUCGACGACUGGGGCUACGACUUUGACGUGCAUAAGGUCGACAAGCCAGACAGCUUCGACAAUGCCAUUAAGAAAAUGAACGAAUUUGCAGGCACCGGCAUCUUCCUGGGCGCCGUGGAGAAGGACGGCGUCUACAAGGACAAGAUCAAUUUCACCGUGCCGGUCAUGAUCGCUGACUACGUGCAGGUGUUUAAGCCCAUCAUGGCGGAGAAGAACCGCCUGAAGCUGGGCAUCAGUACGCUCAAUUUCACCAACACCCAGGAUACCAUCGCGAAUGAUCCGGACAAGGUGAAGAAAUUGCCGCCCGACCAGCAGGCUAGCGGAGCGGCCGGCGCCGGCGGUAAACCGGCCGAUCUGAAGAAGGCGCUGGACGACGUGCAGAACGAGAAGUCCAUCUUCGUCGGCCGGACGCCGGUGCUGGAGAAGAUGGUGCUCAAGUAUCCGCUGCUUAGCAUCAGUAACCUCGGCCACACCACCGUCUCCAGCUUCGGUGUCAGCAAGAGCGCCAAAGCGGACCCGGCGAUCCUGGAGAAGCUGAACACGACGCUGAUGAAACUGCACCGCAACUGCAGUAUCUACAAGGCGUAUGUGGCCCGCUUCCCCAUGUCGGCCUACCGCGACCCCACCGACGACAACUCCGGCAACGGUAGAGGCAACAAUAACUGCGAGGCCAUCCACGGCCGCGGUCCCGGCAACGGCGGUGGCGAUAAGACGGCCCGCGCGGCGGAACGCCUGCAGUCGCUGAUGGACGCACUGAAGGGCGUCGAUUCAUCGCUGCUACAGAAUCUUGUGCACAUGUUCCAGUCUAAGACCGGCGCGCGCGACAUGUAGACGAGGUUGCCGGCGAGAUUAAAUUAAAACGGUUCACUAUGUUGUGGCUAACUGUUCUGACCAGAUUACCAUGAGCGCUCAUUUAUCGGAAGCCGGUCAAGCUGUUUGUAAACCUGAACUUUAGUUUUGGUUCCUUCGUUUGUAUGGGACGUUCUAAUUAAAUUCGCAUGGUGA